AUGGAUAUCUUAAACCAGUUUGCGUACUCUUCCUUAUCUGGUUACGGGAAGUUCACAAUUUCCUUAACCAUGAAGCGCUCUUUCGGGGAGGAGAUCACAUUUACGCUUGGUCAGGCUAUACCCCUCUCUUAUAUGGAUUCAAAUUUAAUUCCAAAAAGUAAUGUUUAUGCUCAUAUAUCUCGAUAUAUUCAGAAAUAUGCUGAAGUCUACGACGGCGAUUAUAUAGUUCGACUCAUGAUCAGAGUCUAUAUGGACAGCAAAAAGAAGGCGGAGGAUAGGCCUUCUCCCUCUGAGGAGGAGAGAUAUAACACACUUUCUUCAAUCAUUGAAGGGAAAUUGAGUGAGAUGAAGGAGCCUAUUACUGCGAAAGCUGAAAUCAUUCAUGGUUGCGAUAUCGAGACACUAUAUCUUGAUGACAUUCAUAAGCCUUAUGCUGCUGGUCUAAUGAUGGUUAGUCCUCAUGAUAAGAUAAAUAAUAGUAUGAUUUCUCACUACUUCAGUGAAGACUACUCUAUAAUCUUGGAUUCCUUUGAAGACAGGAGUACAAAAGUACUUUAUGACUUAGUAUUAAAGAUAUUAACUAUUGUUAAAAGAGCUAAAUCAACUUUAACUAUUUACUUCCACAACUUCUCUAGAUUCGAUGUUCUCUUGCUUAAGCACCUAGCAUAUCAUCACAAGAGCUUGAAGCUUAAACCACUGAUGAGGAACAAUAGGCUUUACGAGUUAGCUGUCUAUCGCGGUAAGAAGAUGUUAUUCCGCUUCAGAGACUCCUUGAAUCUACUCCCUGGCAAACUGAGCUCCCUUGGGAACAAUCUUUGCCCAGAUCUUGGACCAAAAGGCUCAAUCUCAAUCCCAUAUGACAAACUGAAAGUAGAGGAUCUGGUUAAUAAUCAGAGGAAAUUGUUGGAUUAUAUGAAACAGGAUAUUCGUCUAUUGGGUGGAGUAAUGCAAAAAGCCCAAAAGAUAUAUUGGGAGGUGUACAAGGUGGACAUUGAAAAGAGGAUAACCCUUUCCUCACUUGCUCUUAGCAUCUUUCGUUUAAAAUACUACGAUGUAUCUAAUUUUCCAAUACACAUCCCAAACAAGAAUGAAGACACCUUCAUAAGGCGUGCCUACUACGGAGGUCAUGCGGAUACAUACAAGCCAUAUGGUGAGGACCUCUACUACUACGAUGUGAACUCUCUCUAUCCCUUUGUAAUGAAGGAAUUUCCAAUGCCGGGUGGUGAACCUGUCUGGCAUUCGAAUCUGGAAAGCCAGAACUUAGAUAGCAUGUUUGGUUUUAUUGAGGCAUAUGUGGUAUGUCCGAAGACUAUCAAAAAGCCCUUUCUUCCCUAUCGGGACAAGAAUAACACUCUCCUCUUUCCAACCGGAGAAUUUGUUGGAGUGUACUAUACCGAGGAAUUAAAGUAUGCUAGAGACCUAAGCUACACUGUCCUCCCAAUCUCGGGCUACCUCUUUAAGAAGAUGGAAAGCCCAUUCAAUAGCUUUGUUAGCUCACUCUUUGAGAGCAGGUUAGAAGCGAAGAAAUCAGGUAAUGAAGCUAUGUCCUAUGUUUACAAGAUACUAAUGAAUUCCCUAUACGGAAGAUUUGGUAUUAACCCUAAAAGCACGACCACCGAGGUCUGCGAUGAAUAUCGAUACAAAAAUUUAAUCAGGAAUAGUGAGUUGAUAUUCGGCGAUAUGCUUAGCAAAAAUACCUACAUCGUUGCCUACCAUAGCAAUAUCGAUAAGGGUGAUGAUUAUUGGAAUCCACCGAAGAACUCCGCUGUCCAACUAGCUGCUGCGAUAACAGCCUCCGCUAGGAUCCAUAUGUAUCCUUAUAUCUCAAGAGAGGACUGCUACUAUACUGACACUGACUCAGUUGUGCUUGGUCACCCACUACCUAAUGAAGAGAUUUCUUCUUCUGUCUUGGGCAAGUUUAAGCUAGAGGACAGAAUAAUAAAAGGAUACUUUUUAGCACCGAAAUCCUAUUUCUACAGCUCAAUAGAAGGGCAAAAUGUACUCAAGUACAAGGGACCAGCGAAAAAUCUGGUCAUGCCGGAAUGGUUUGAGAAACAGUACAAAAACCCAUCUCAUACGGAACAGGUAUCGGUUGAAUCCAAAUUCCGAAUUGAUUGGCAUACUCUGAACAUCUUCAAGAAAGACAGCCUGGUCACGCUCGGCCUUAAGCUGGGUCACAAGAGGAUAUCAGUAUAUGAAAAAGAUGUCUGGGUUGAUACAGACCCAAUUAAUAUAAAAGACUUGUCUUCCCUAGAUCACAUUGGAAAAUCAAUUAUCGAAUUUCUAAGGUAUGAGUUAAUACAACUACAGAUAGAAAAUAAGACUCUAAAUGAUAAAUUAAAUCGGAGAGAAAGUGAGAUUUCCAAGAGAUACAAAGAGAUUAAAUCACAGUUAGAUGAUGUUCAAUUGAUUGAACCAUAG